GAUUACCACGUGUAACACAAUAUGGAAAACAAAAACCAAUUAAUAGUUUAGAAAAUAAAGAAAAAAGUAAUGAAAAGAAAUCGAAAUCGCUUGAAUACGAAAAAACCGAAAGAAUAAUUGACUGGACAAGUGUAGACACUAAUAUAAUAUUGAAUAAGAUAUUAUCUGAAAAUUUUGAAGAAUAUAAUUUAAUCAAUACUUACUUGCCUUUUUAUGGAUUUCCAUUUAAUAAUAUCAAUAAGGAUAAAGAAUUAGUUGAAGAAAUUAAAUUUAAUUUACGAAAAUAUUAUUUAUUACCUGCGUCAGAUAUACAUCGAAUUAAUAUAAAUGAUUUGGAAGAUGAAAAUAUUCAACAAUUUGAAAAUGAAUUAUUAAAUGGAACAAAUACUUCAAAUGUUGAUGAUAAUAUUAAACUUAUUCGUAAUUCUACUAUAGAAGAA